UCGUGGGCCGGGUCAGCCCAUUUAUAAGGUGGGCCAAAAUGGGCCGGACUGCAUAUACCUACACUUGGUAGCAGUGCCAGAAGAACAAACUAGAGCUUCUGCGUCUGCUGCUGCUGGUUAUUCUCACGUAGUUGGAUUCCUCCCAGGGUGGUGGUGGUGGAGGUGCUGUCCCCUGUUCUUUUCAUUGGUGCAAAAAUGCCACAAGAUAUAACUUACCAACACCCUUUGUUUGGUGGCAAAAUAUCUUGCACGUUCCCCAACAGGUUCCAGGAUGUCAGCGACAUUCGAGAAGUCCCUGAUCAUCAGGAGGUGUUCGCCGACCCGAACCGAGACGAAAGCUUGAUCAUUGAGCUUUUAGAAUUCAGGCCUGACGUUGCUGAUGAUGAGAGUGCUGUAUGGUUUCUUCACGACCUUGCCAGUGAACAGGAUGCUGAAGGAACUCUGGUUGUUGAGCAGUCAGGAGUUCUGGAAGCACCUGGUUUGACGUACUACAAUACUCCUGCAGUUGUAACAACUGCAGUGGGUCAGAUGGCAAUUUCCAAAGGUCGGCAAGGAAGGGAAGCACAAAAUAUUGUGAAAGUUUAUUUGGCAAAUUUGCGUCUUAAAGAAGUUGAUACCGACGUUCUAAUCACUGCAUACGAGCCAAUUGUUAUAAAUCCUUUGAGCGAAAGCGCAGACACAGUUGGUGCUGGUGUAGCCGUUCCAGCUGCUCAAGUUGGAUGUACGCCCAUGGAUGAGGUCUUUAAACUGGCUGUUACAAGCUUCAGGGUUCUUGACUGGAGUCUUUUUUGAUGCAAGACCCUAGGUAUGCCGGGAGCAAGUUUUUGCUAAACUGUGUGGAGCCAGGCUUUAACCGUUUUUAUUUUAGUGAAAUUUGGGAAAGGUGCAAAUACCAUUUUGAUCACUGUAUAUUCCUCAUGUGUUUUUUCUUUGGUCCAUAAGUACUCCAAUUUUUUGGCAUUUGGUCAUGUUUCAUGAUUUCACUUAGUUAACUUGUUUGGAUUGUCACUUGUAACUGGAUAGAAUAAUGUGUUCGGAAAUGUCAGUGACUUUUCCCUUUAAGGAGGUGGUAGAUUGGAGUUUGUAAUAAUGGUUAGCGUUACUUUAGAUGUUGCUUUAUACCCAGCAACCUGGGACAGGAACAACGUGCCUCCUGGAAGCACUGUGAUUGCAGCACAAAAGGGCCAUAGCCACCAGCUUGUACGUGGUAGGGUUAUCUAUUAUUGAGUUUUGGUGGGCAAAGUAGUAUGGACAAAAUGAUGAAACACUUGAAGAGAGACUUGUAGACAAGCUUUGCCUAGUAUGGACUUUCAAAUCAAUAGGUGACAGACAUGUUUCGUGUUAGAGAUGAACUUGCAUUUAAAAAUGUCUUUGUACAAGUCAGACAUCAA